AAAGGCGUUGAUUUCAUCAUGAGAAGAUAGAAAUGAAGGGGCAAUAAGGUCUGGAAAUGUACACAAAUUUACAGUUUUUGGGCGCAAUAAGACCCAUCGGCACCGAUCCCCUGGGAAGGAAACACAAACACCCCUCUCUCUCUCUCUCCCUCGUCGAAAUCUUUACUUUCCUGGGACUGAAGCAUGUUAUAUAUUCUUCAGAAGUUAAUCAAGGAAUAGGUUUUUGCCCAGUGCAUGACCUGUUGAGUUGAGUGACUUUACUAGGAUGGGGAUCACACACCGCAGUGGAGUCUCUAAGAAAUCAAAUGACAGAACCAGACUUAUGGUUACAACUAUUAUGGGAAUGGUCUUUGGAUAUCUUGUUGGAGUUUCAUUUCCAUCCUCUUCUUUAACCAAGAUUAACUUACCAUCAAGCCUUAUAUCAUCUCUUGAUGUAGCCUUCCACGACGAUCAUCAUAGAACUGUUAGUAACCACAUGCCUGAAACUCGUGCUUCAACUGAUACAGAGCCACCAAAGAUAUACGUUCAAUCAAAUCCUCGUGGUGCUGAGACAUUACCUCCAGGAAUCAUAGUCUCAGAGUCUGAUUUUUAUUUGCGGAGGUUAUGGGGUGAACCUAGAGAGGAUUUGAAAAAGAAGCCAAAAUAUUUGGUAACAUUCACAGUUGGAUGGGAUCAGAAGAACAAUAUUGAUGCAGCAGUCAAAAAGUUUUCCGAUGAUUUCCAAAUUUUGCUCUUUCACUAUGAUGGUCGGACAAGUGAAUGGGAUCAAUUUGAGUGGUCGCGGAAUGCAGUUCAUGUCAGUGCAAGAAAACAAACAAAAUGGUGGUAUGCAAAGAGGUUUCUGCAUCCUGAUAUUGUUGCAGCUUAUGACUACAUUUUCAUCUGGGACGAAGAUCUGGGAGUUGAACACUUCAAUGCUGAUAAGUACAUUCAACUGGUUAAGAAACAUGGUCUGGAGAUUUCUCAACCAGGACUUGAGCCAAACAAUGGGCUAACAUGGCAGAUGACAAAAAGGAGGGGUGACAGAGAAGUUCACAAGGAUACAGAAGAAAAACCAGGCUGGUGCAGGGACCCACACUUGCCCCCAUGUGCUGCAUUUGUGGAGAUCAUGGCCCCUGUGUUUUCUCGGCAAGCAUGGCGCUGUGUUUGGCACAUGAUUCAGAAUGAUUUGGUGCACGGGUGGGGGUUGGAUUUUGCCCUUAGAAGAUGUGUUGAGCCUGCACAUGAGAAAAUUGGCGUGGUUGAUUCACAAUGGAUUAUCCAUCAAGUAAUUCCAUCACUUGGGAACCAGGGAAACAGCGAGAAUGGGAAAGCUCCAUGGCAAGGGGUGAGAGAAAGGUGCAGAAGCGAGUGGGCUAUGUUCCAGGACCGGCUUGCUGACGCAGACAAGGCAUACCUUGCGCAGUUGGGAAGGAGGGGUUAACCUUCACAGGUUCCCUCCGGGAUGUGAAGUGUGUCCUGUACAUUGCUUUUGUUUUUCUCUCCACUGCUAUCGUCUUCUUCAGAGGAGGGGUUUUUCGAAGCCCAAUUCUUUUACGUUAUGCGCUGUAUUUUUGGUAGGAGAUGCAGUAGCCAUAUUUGCGGGUAGCCGUAGAAAUACUCACAAUCAGACGUGACAAAAGUUUUCACAUUUUGUGCAGAUAAGCUUAGAUUUAGUUGUAAUAGUUUUGUGUAUUCUAUGGUGGUUUCUUGUGUGCUUGAUCCCUGUACCUGUACUGUCACGUCCUUAACUGCUAUUCAAUGAUUUUCUACUUUUAUUA